GCGACUACUCAGAAUCUGUGUCUAAAAUGGAGUUCUGGAUGAAUAUGCUCGUUCUUGCUUCCAUGACAGUAACAGACAACCUCCUCUCUUUUUCUCACUCCCUUCUCUCAAAACCCCGCUAAAUACUCUCUCUCUCUCUCUCUCUCUCUUAAGGACUAGUGAAAGCACACCUCAAUGAAUGCUAUUAUUGCUUGAAAACCUCCAAAACCCCUCUCUCUCUCUCUCUCUAAUAAAACCAAGAUAAACGAAAAGAAUUUCUUCCAAGAAGUCUCACUCCAAAUCCCAUUUUCUCUCCUUCUCCAAAUCAUUCAAAACCAAUCUCCCCAAGACCCCCAUAACCCCUUCCAAAAUCCAUUUCCUGAAAUGCCUCUCUUUCCUUCUCUAAUGACUAAAAAUCCACCUCCCCAGAACUCCCUAUCUCUUCCUCUUAAACCCAUUUCCAGACAUGCUCAUUUCCUCUCCUCCUUUAACUAACCAAACCCAUCUCCCCAAAUCCCUUAGAUUCUCCUUCCCAAAAUCCAUUUCUAGAAAUACCCCUCCAUUUUUCUCCAAGUACUAAAAACCCAUUUACCCACCCAAAACCCAUUUCCAAACAGACCCAUCUUCCAGACGCCUCAGAUUCUCCUUCCACACCUAUUUUCAGAAAUACCCCUACCUUCUUCUGUAAUUACCAAGAACCCAUCAACGCCUCAUGCCAUGGAGCUCUUGAACAAACUCAAGAGACUAAAACCCGUGGAGCCAUUGGGUAUUUUGGGCUUUUUCUUUGUGACCAUUUUCUGCUUCCUCUGCUGCUUUUUUUACUUAGACUACAGGGUCGUCAGCAGAGGAUUCCGGCUUCGAGCACAGUCGCAGCAGCAGCUGCGUUUCGGGUUCGAAGAUUUGAAUGUGAAUCGGCGGCCGGGGUUCUCCAGCGGAGAAGGGGAUGGGUGCAAUUUGUUUGAAGGGGAGUGGGUCUGGGAUGAGACGUAUCCAUUGUAUCAGUCGAAGGAUUGCAGGUUCUUGGACGUAGGAUUCCGUUGUUCGGAGAAUGGAAGGCCUGAUAAAUUCUACACGAAGUGGCGGUGGCAGCCGAAGCAUUGCAAUCUGCCCAGGUUUGAUGCAAAGACAAUGUUGGAGAAGCUGCGGAACCGGCGAAUGGUUUUCGUGGGUGACUCUAUUGGAAGAAACCAGUGGGAGUCCCUUUUGUGCAUGCUUUCCUCAGCAGUUGUUGACAAGGAUUCGAUUUAUGAAGUGAAUGGCAGCCCGAUCACAAAGCAUAAAGGGUUCUUGGUAUUCAAAUUCAGGGAUUUUAACUGCACUGUGGAGUACUACAGAGCCCCAUUUCUGGUACUGCAAAGCCGGCCUCCAGCUGGAGCUCCAGAGAGGGCGAAGACCACACUAAAAUUGGAUGUCAUGGACUGGACCUCUGAACAAUGGAGGGAUGCAGAUGUGCUAGUUUUCAACACAGGACACUGGUGGAACUACGAGAAGACCAUAAGAUCGGAUUGUUAUUUCCAAAUUGGGGAGGAUGUGAAGAUGAAGAUGAGUGUAGAAAGUGCUUACCGGAUAUCAAUUGAGACACUUGCUGACUGGAUCAAUAAAGAAGUAAACUUGAGUAAGACCCAGGUCGUCUAUCGCACAUAUGCUCCAGUUCAUUUCAGAGGUGGGGAUUGGCGGACUGGAGGGAACUGUCAUUUAGAGAGUCUGCCAGAAAUAGGAUCGUCUCAGCCAUCAUCCCGUUCAUGGGCCCAGCUGCUGAGAACAGUCAUGGCCGUAGUGUCGACUAAGGCUCCUGCGCUACAAUCGGACAUGUUGAAUGUGACCCGGAUGACUGCGUUAAGGAAAGACGGUCACUCAUCCCUGUACUAUCUGGGGCCCACAGCAGGCCCUGCGCCCCUCCACAGGCAGGACUGCAGUCACUGGUGCCUUCCGGGGGUCCCUGAUGCAUGGAACGAGCUCCUCUACACAGUCUUCCUCAGGCGGGAGACGCUGCGCCGGCAAAAUUCAUCAGUGUCCUAGGUGGCAGAAACGUAGUACAAGCACAUGCAAGAGCAAAGAAGAAAGCUUUGUGCCUACUCUACGACAACAGGCGAAAGAAAUGAGAUUGUGCCAGUUAUCUGGUGAGCCAUUUAUGAAGAAGAUAACUAACAGCGUGAUUUUCGGAAAGCUCAAGCAGGUUAUUUUUGCAUGAAAGCUGAAGGAAACCCAACUUCCAUUGAUGCUUGUAUAGAUUGGCUGGUGGCAUGCCACCAGUUACAUCUUGCCAGAAUCGCAUGAGUGUCCUUCUUGGUAGGAGUAUGAGGAAUAUCUGGACAGUAAAGGAAUCCAUUCUUAGAUGCAAAUAUCUGUAGUUAUCAAGUGCUCUGAUCUGUACUUGUGGCCUACAUGUAUGAGAUCCAAAUCUGAUGGAUGGUUUGUACCCUGAAACCUGCAGAGUUUGGAUGAUCCUGGCUGCUGAUUGUAGGACUAUUGUCUAUUGGACUCAUGAAUUUUGAUUUUUGGGGAAUUUUCCAUUAACUGUCAAUUGGCGGUGUGAGAGCUUUUGGGGAUCUGUAGAUGAACGAAUCUGGAUAUUAGAUGUGGAUGGUGGAUAUAGAAUGCUUGAUAAUGAAGGAUGUUUGUAUUCAUUCUCCUGAUUAGUUUGUAUGGGAGGAAUAUUGGGUAUUAUCUGGAACUUUUUUCUUUUUUCUUUUAUUGUCUCAAGUUUACUGUUAUAACUGCCACGAGGGGCAGAUUUUUGAGGGUUCCUUUUCCCCUGUUGUUGGAUUUGGCGAUUGAUAUGUAAAUACAUUGGACUUCUGUUGUCAUAGAGCUUCUUGUUUUUUC